UGAAAGUGAUUUUUACAGCACUCCACUCAAACUAAAAGAUUGAUUACUAUAGAUGGUUCAGUCUCGACUGCAUGUUAUUGUCCAGCAAAAAAAAAUUAAAACCAGAUACGUUACAAUGCCUCAUAACAUCGUAAAAAGUAUUACGUCAAUAAACUAUUUUCCUGAUGUGUCCGAGUUAUAAAUCAUUCAUUAGAACAUAUUUAAUUAUAUUUAUUUAUUCGUUCACAUUCUAUAGCGGCACGUAAAAAGAUAUGAGUAUAUCAUGAUAAUAAUAAUAUUCGUUCCAACAUUUUCAUACUCGACACUGUUAGAAAGGUUCAUGUUGUGUCACGUACGAUAUAUAAAAAUAUAAAUAUAAUUAGCACAAACCACCAUUUUUUUAUCGAUGUAAACAUGUUCAUGGAAGAAUAAAUUAAUAUCAAAAGAAAAACAAUAUUUUUGUUAUAGAGUAAGUUAUUCAGCGAUUAAACGUGGUAACACUUUUCAAAAUUCAAAAUUUUAAUGAUGAACGAUUGCAAUUCUCGCAUGAUAAGUUCACUUAUCACAAUACUAAACAUUGCGUUUACUAAUUUUGAUAAUAAAUGCAUUUAUCAACUCACAGAUACAGAAAAUCAUAUAUCACUCAACGACAUAAUGGCAGAGUAUAAUAUUAAUUCAGAAGUGUAUAUCUCUGAUAAAUUAUUAGAAAAUACCAAUCAAUGUCCUGGGAUGUUAAUAACAACUCAAAAUGAAGCAGUAAUCGAAGAAGUUCUCUUUAGGUUGUGGUAUAAUGUAACAAAAAGUCGAAUGCAUGACAUGAAAUUAAUAAUUGUUUCAUUCACGUCUAAUAAAACUGAAAUUCUUGAAAGUUACAUGGUUACAAAAAUAGCAAAUGUGUUACUGAUUGAUAUAGGUGUGGAUGUGAACUGUUCAGUGGAUUAUAUAAACUGUUACACGAAUAAAUACUUAGGAAUUGAUAGAAAUAACACGAAAAGUGAAGUUAUUCUGAUUGAUAUCUGGAAUUUUACUAGGAAUGCUUUCAUGUAUGAUAAUGAAUUAUUCCCGGAUAAAAUAACAAACAGUUCAGGGAAGACUUGGAUAAUGGGUUCAGACGAGUCUGAAUUAUUUUAUACUUCUAAUAGAGGAUCGCAUAUGAAUGCAUUAUAUGAAUACACAAAAUCGAGACAAAUAAAAGUCAUAGCUUAUGAUUUUGGUGAAAAUGUACCAAUAUUUGGUGAUUUAUUGGUAAAUUACACCAGACUGGAAAUUACGGAUAUUGCUGUUAGUGCGCUAUUUAUAAACUACAAACGAUAUGCCAAGUCAGGGGUUCUUUCCACUUUAUCAAAUGUUGCAAUAACUUGCAUCGUAGGCAUCACAAAUCCACAGUACAGUUGGUUUCAAUACCUGAACAUAUUCAACAAAGAAAUUUGGUUUGCCUUGCUAGCAACCAAUCUUUUAGUAUUCACUAUAAUGUUCUACCUGGUUAAAUACAAACAUUCUUUAUGGAUAUUAAUGUUAAGUAUUCUAAUGCAACAGUCUACUAGAGGCAUAAAUGAAGUUAAAAUGUGGUCCAUGCUGUUAAUACUACUAGCACAGUUCACCGGGAUGUAUUACAACUCGAAGCUACAAGCAAAAAUCAUACUACCAGUAAAAGGGCAAGAAAUAAGAACAGUUGAAGAUCUUAUCGACGCAAACAUAUUAUGGUACAACAUGGAUGUUGGAAUUCUCGAAGUAAUGAGAGAUCCAGAUUCCCAACUUCAUAAAAGCUUGUUCCAAAACGUUCGAGUUGUCAGCGAAACAGCUUUAGACUUAAUGGCAUUGAUAGCAAAAAAUGUGCUCAUGGUAAGCCGUUUUACUUAUUCGGGAACACUGAAAUUCGACGGAAGCUUCCCGAAAGCGUCAACUUCAAAAUAUAGAGUUCUUGAGAAUGAUAUCUAUGAAGGUAAAACGACGAUAUACCUUCAUAUACAUUCACAGCACUUGAAUGAUUUCUGGCAAUAUAUGCAACAAUUAGCUGCUCAGGGACUUCUCCAGCAGUGGGAACAUUUAGGAUCUGAUAAGGUGUUUGAACUGGAUAAAACAAGUUCACAAAAUACAAAUGGACAUAUUAUUCUGACGAUUGAACACACAAAAGGAAUCUUUGUGUUUUGGAUCAUUGGCAUGUUGAUUUCAUUAAUUGUAUUUGCAUCUGAAGUUGUACUUAACUCAAGGAAUAGUGCUAUGGAUAGACUUCAAGUUGUUCCAUAGCUAUUGAUGUAAAAGUCAACAAACUUUACUUUGCUUUACCCCCACUACUUUUAGCGGGUGAGGAGCAGUUCUCUAGAUCUCCUUCGU